GCCUGGCUCGGCGUCGCCGCCGCGGGGACCCGCCUGGGGCAAGCGCCGCCGCGGUCCCGAGUCCGCGGCCGGAGGCACUCACCCCUGCAGCGGCAUCGCGUUCCCGGCCGCCGCUGGCCGGAGGGAGAAAUGUUGCUGAAGUGCUGCUGAAGGGCCAGAGAUGCAAGGAUCUGGGACGCAUUUGCACCUUUAAGCUGUCUGGCCCUGACCUCCUUUCAUUAUUAAUAAGGAAGAAGCAGGAGCUUAGGAUGUAUUAGCACCAGCUCAUUGCUGUACUAACCGGACAGUGCUCUGCAAACUCCUGCACUCUAAAGAACUCGACUGGCGCAGCACACAGUCAUUUCGCAUUUUCUCAGCUUAUACUAUGACUCGAUGGAGGGAAAUUUGAUAAGCAUGAGGGAAGACCAUUCUUUUCAUGUUCGCUACAGAAUGGAAGCUUCCUGCCUUGAGCUGGCCUUGGAAGGAGAGCGCCUGUGUAAAUCGGGGGACUGCCGGGCCGGCGUCUCAUUCUUUGAAGCUGCCGUUCAAGUUGGAACUGAAGACCUCAAAACACUCAGUGCUAUUUACAGCCAGCUGGGCAACGCCUACUUCUACCUACAUGACUAUGCCAAAGCCUUAGAAUACCACCACCACGAUUUGACUCUUGCAAGGACUAUUGGAGAUCAACUCGGGGAGGCCAAAGCCAGUGGCAAUCUUGGCAACACCUUAAAAGUGCUUGGGAACUUUGAUGAAGCGGUAGUGUGUUGCCAGCGACACCUGGACAUCUCCAGAGAGCUUAAUGACAAGGUGGGAGAAGCGAGAGCACUCUACAAUCUUGGAAAUGUGUAUCAUGCCAAAGGGAAAAGUUUUGGUUGCCCUGGUCCCCAGGAUGUAGGAGAGUUUCCAGAAGAAGUGAGAAAUGCCUUGCAGGCAGCCGUGGAUCUCUAUGAGGAAAACCUGUCGUUGGUAACUGCUCUAGGUGACCGAGCCGCCCAAGGACGAGCCUUUGGGAAUCUUGGCAACACACACUACCUCCUCGGCAACUUCAGGGAUGCGGUUAUAGCUCACGAGCAGCGUCUCCUCAUCGCAAAAGAGUUUGGAGAUAAGGCGGCUGAAAGGAGAGCAUACAGCAACCUGGGAAAUGCAUACAUAUUCCUGGGUGAAUUCGAAACCGCUUCCGAAUACUACCGGAAGACGCUGUUGCUGGCUCGGCAGCUUAAAGACAGGGCCGUGGAAGCUCAGUCUUGCUACAGCCUUGGGAACACAUACACCCUGCUUCAGGACUACGAGAGGGCCAUCGAUUACCAUCUGAAGCACUUAGCAAUUGCUCAGGAGCUCAAAGAUAGAAUUGGUGAAGGAAGAGCGUGUUGGAGUUUAGGAAAUGCAUACACAGCUCUAGGAAAUCAUGAUCAAGCAAUGCAUUUUGCCGAAAAGCACUUGGAAAUUUCCAGAGAGGUUGGGGACAAAGGCGGCGAACUGACUGCCCGGCUGAACCUCUCAGACCUGCAGAUGGUUCUUGGUCUGAGCUACAGCACAAAUAACUCCAUGAUGUCUGAAAACAUUGAACUCGACGGCAGCUUACAUGGUACACGCUCCAAGCUGGGACGAAGACACAGUAUGGAAAAUAUGGAACUUAUGAAGUUAACACCAGAAAAGGUACCAAACUGGAACAGCGAGAUUCUCGCUAAACAGAAGCCUCUGAUCGCCAAACCUUCUGCAAAGCUCCUGUUUGUCAACAGACUAAAGGGCAAGAAGUACAAAAGCAGUUCCUCCACUAAAGUUCUCCAGGACGCCAGCAACUCUAUGGACCGCCGCGGUCCAGACCCUCCGAAGAAAAUCAGUGCAGACACUGUUGGAGAUGAAGGAUUCUUUGACUUACUGAGGCGGUUUCAAAGCAACAGGAUGGACGACCAGAGGUGCUCCUUACAAGAACACUGUCGCACAGCAUCCACGGCAGCUUCUUCUACCACCCCCAAGAUGACGAAAGCACCGUCGGUCUCUGUGGUGUCCCCCAACACAGACGAGUUUUUAGAUCUUCUUGCCAGCUCACAGAGCCGCCGUCUGGAUGACCAGAGGGCCAGUUUCAGUAAUUUGCCAGGGCUCCGUCUGACAAAAGCCAACAAUCAGUCUGUACUUGAGCGCCUGAUGACAAAUGACAAGAAGGAGCCUGACGAAGACUUCUUCGACAUCCUUGUGAAGUGUCAGGGGUCCAGAUUAGACGAUCAAAGAUGUGCUCCACCACCUGCUGCCACAAAAGGGCCAACCGUCCCCGAUGAAGACUUUUUUAGCCUCAUUUUACGCUCUCAAGCUAAAAGAAUGGAUGAACAAAGAGUUCUUUUGCAGAGAGAUCCAAACAGGGACACUGAGUUUGGACUAAAGGAACUUUUGCAAAAUAAUGCUUUGUUGGAAUUUAGGCAUUCAGGAAAGUAACUAGCAAAGCACUAGACGCUGUGGUAUUUCCUACUAAAGACGACUAGUUCCCUUCGGAAGACUGCAGGGAAACUCAACCUUUUUCCUGAGGAGGAAACUGUACAGCACUGUAGGUACCAUAUCUUUAGGGUAUAAUUGCUGAGGUGCUCAGGAACUGACAUUCUUGUAGACGUUUGUUUCAGGGCACAAUGUCCUGUCGGUGCUCCAGCAAGAUUCCUUGACUAGCAUUUGUAAACUAGGAAUUUAAAUGAACCUUACAUUAGAAUUCAGUCCUCUUACUGAGGUCAUUUUUUAAGGAUCUAAUUGACAAUGACUUUUUUACACUUACCCUUGAAUAUAGUGGAUUGCAUUGUUUAUUGAAAAUAAUGUAAAUGUCCUAUGUAAAGAAGAUGAAAAAUAGUCAAAGUCAUAAAAUUCUAGUUUCUUUAAGAAAACUAUAUUCAAUAUAUUUUUAGGCAGAGCCAGUGGGGGAAAUAAGAAAUAAACUACUUUUAGCAUGCUUUGGGCUAUUUGUCUCUAUAUAAUACUGCUAUAUAGACUUACUGUUGGGAAAACCAGAAAAGCGUGUGGCUUGGUUAAAAAUGCAAACUGUAUAAGCAGAGAACACAUGAAAAGUCACAUGAGCUCGCAGGCACGGCCCUCAGCCAUCCUUAACCUUGCCUCAUCCAAUCUACUAACAGGCCUUUAUAAGGCAGUGCUUUUUUGACCUGCAUUUGGGGCAGAUAUUUUUUUCUUAUAAGAAAAUUCAUUUAAGAAAGCAAAGACUACAUACCAGAUCAAAAUAAUGUAAAAAUAAGUGUUUAUUUUGUGUUCACAGUGGUUCUUAAGACCCUGUAAGCAUUCAACAUUUAUUCCAUUUUAAAAAGUGCUUUUAACAGCUACCUACCCUGUUCUUAGUUUCUUAAAAGCCAGUUACAAUAUGCUUUAACCCCAGUGACAAACCCUUGCUAGUCAAGUGGAACACGCCUUCUCUCUUUCCUGCAGUACACUGGCCUGGACGUGUCCCCCUGCUUUAGUCAAGUCUUCCUGCACUGCUGUAACCACUCAACAGCAUGCCGCUUUGCUAGCUGUCAAAGUAGACUCCAUUCCCAAGUGGGGAUCUGUAAUGAAAAUACAAAGAUGAGGUUGUAAAGGUUUUUUUGUUUUGUUUUGUUUUGUUUUUUGAGACUGUAAAUAUUUUUAAGUGUUCAUUUUUGGAUUAAAAACAAUCAGUAGUGCUAA